UGAAAGUAAGAAUGCGCCUUAACUAAACCUCUUUGAUGUGUUUAUGAGCUACGUACGUGCGUUUGUCUUGGAAAGACAACUUAAACGUUAAAAAGGGACUUCAAAUGUUAAGAAGAGUAUUUCUUCGUCAGAAAAAAAACCCGCCACUGACACCCAGGGGGAUUCCCUUGUUUUCUGGGACUCAAAGUACCACAAUGCAAUAGAAAUAAUGGUAUCUCCUUGGCUACGGCUUUAGGAGAGCUACGCCCUGGAGGAAAAGAAGGCGAAGGAGGCUUGGCCCGGCUGAAAGGAGUCAUUGUGGGGCGGGAUGAGCGUGUGUGAAGCCGCCGUGUGACCGUGUGUGUCUUCUCAGCGGAGGAGGGAUUAGUUAAUGAGCACACACAUCACCUCCUCGUCGGGACUACUGCGCGACGUGGAAAGUAAGUGCAAAGCUUGAAUCAUGCCCCUCGUCACCCUCGCCGACUGGAAGCGCGGUCGAAAUUGGGCGAAAUUCGGAUAACAGCGAGAGAAGUUUCGAGGUCUCUCUUCCGACUACCACCAGCAGCAGCAGCACCUCUGUAGCCACCCGCCUCUCCUCCGCAUUGUGCUGCCGGGAAAAUGCGUCCACGCCAGGGGCCCGCCGCGCUCCGCUGCCCCCCUCCUUACUCCCCACAUGUGUUCAAUAUGUUCAAGAAGUGAACACGGGCAAGGAAUAGAACAUUUUUUUUUGUUUUUAAACACUAGUGGAUAAUUUUCAUUUGUAGGUCGAACUGAAAAAGCAACUGUUCGCUCUAACUCAACAUGGGGAACGCAGGGAGCAUAGACCAGCACACGGAUCUCAGGGGCCACAACAUGCCCCUAAAACUACCCAUGCCCGACCCGGGGGAACUGGAGGAAAGAUUCGCUAUCGUUUUGAACUCAAUGAAUCUUCCCCCAGACAAAGCUCGCCUGUUAAGGCAGUACGACAACGAGAAGAAGUGGGAGCUCAUCUGUGAUCAGGAGCGAUUCCAAGUGAAAAACCCCCCUCACACAUACAUCCAAAAGCUAAGGAGUUAUCUUGACCCGGCAGUGACAAGAAAGAAAUUCCGCCGAAGAGUUCAGGAGUCCACCCAAGUCCUGAGAGAACUGGAAAUUUCAUUGCGGACCAAUCAUAUAGGGUGGGUAAGAGAGUUCCUCAAUGAAGAAAACAAAGGCCUGGAUGUGCUUGUGGAAUAUCUUUCCUUUGCACAGUAUGCUGUCACGUUUGAUGGCGACUGUGUGGAAAACAGUCCAGAGGCCCUGCUGGACAAGUCCAAACCUUGGAGUCGCUCCAUCGAGGACCUGCACGGAGGAAAUACGCUGUCGUCUCCCCUCAGCGGGAACGGCAUCACUCGGACGGGCCGGCACUCAACAUUACGUCUCCUCUUCUGUCUGCCCGUCUUCGACAGCAGGUCAUCAAGCUCACUCAACUGUCCAAAGUGUUCUCAAAUAAGACGUUGUAACACUUUACCCAGCCGGAGGACGCUGAAGAACUCCAGGCUGGUCUGCAAGAAAGACGACGUGCAUGUCUGCAUCAUGUGCCUGCGUGCCAUCAUGAACUACCAGUAUGGCUUCAACAUGGUCAUGUCCCAUCUAAAUGCUGUGAAUGAAAUUGCACUCAGUCUCAACAAUAAAAACCCAAGAACCAAAGCUCUGGUCUUGGAGCUCCUGGCGGCGGUUUGUCUCGUGAGGGGAGGCCAUGAAAUCAUCCUCGCCGCGUUUGACAACUUCAAGGAGGUUUGUGCGGAGGAGCAGCGGUUUGAGAGGCUAAUGGAGUAUUUCAAGAACGAAGACAACAACAUUGAUUUCAUGGUGGCCUGCAUGCAGUUCAUCAACAUUGUCGUGCACUCGGUGGAGGACAUGAACUUCCGGGUUCAUCUGCAGUACGACUUCACCAAGCUGUCUUUGGACGAAUUCUUGGACAAAGUCAAGCACACAGAAAGCGAUAAGCUCCAGGUUCAGAUCCAGGCCUACUUGGACAACGUAUUCGACGUUGGCGCCCUCCUGGAGGAUGCAGAGACCAAAAACGCUGCCCUGGAGCGUGUGGAGGAGCUGGAAGAAAACAUGUCACAUUUGACAGAGAAGCUGCUGGAUGCCGAGAAUGAAGCCAUGGCCAAGAUAGUGGAGCUGGAGAAGCAGCUCAUGCAGACAAACAAGGAUCUAGAAGGCAUGAAGGAAGCCUACAAAGACACAAGUGGGAAGCUCCACUCACUGCGGCAGAUCUUGAAGGAGAAGGACGAGGCCAUCCAGCGGCAGAGUCACCUGGAGAAGAAGAUCCAUGAGCUGGAGAAGCAGGGCACCAUCAGGAUCCACAAAAAGGGAAACGGCGACAUCUGCAUCCUUCCGUUGUCACCGCCCAGCAGUGUGGAAGGUUUAACGGGCACCACCGUGAGCGGAAACGGCGUUGGCGUCCACAGUCCGGGCGCUCCGGGAGGCGUUGUGGGUGCUCCUGAGGCUCCUCCCCCGCCACCAUUGCUAGGGAAUGGCUCAUUGCCAAAUGGACCGUCGUCAUCAUCCACUCCUGCACCAGCUCCUCCGCCACCACCGCCACCUCCUCCGCCACCGCCACCACCCCCGCUUCCACCUUCCGCCUCAGAGAUGUUAGCCUACUUACCUCCCCCACCUCCUCCUGCUGCUCCUCCUCUGCCUGGCUGCGGGACCCCCACUGUUAUCAUAAACUCGGGUUUAGCCGAGGGACCCAUCAAACUUUUCUCUGUUAAGAUCAAGAAGCCCAUCAAAACCAAGUUCCGCAUGCCCGUCUUCAACUGGGUGGCCUUGAAACCCAACCAGAUCAACGGGACCGUCUUCAACGAGAUAGACGACGAGAGGAUACUUGAGGAGCUGAACGUGGAUGAGUUUGAGGAAAUGUUUAAGACGAAAGCCCAGGGCCAGGCGGUACAGCUGACCAUGAGCAAGCAGAUAAUUCAGAAAGGACCCAACAAGGUGACGCUGCUGGACUCCAACAGGGCAAAGAAUUUGGCCAUUACACUGAGGAAAGUGGGCAAGACGCCUGAGGAGAUCUGCAAGGCCAUUCAGCUCUUCGACCUGCGUACUCUGCCGGUGGACUUUGUGGAGUGCCUCAUGCGCUUCCAGCCCACUGAGAAUGAGGUUAAGACCUUGCGUCAGUUCGAGAAGGAGCGCAAGCCGCUGGAGAGCCUGACGGACGAGGACCGCUUCAUGAUGCAGUUCAGCAAGAUCGAGCGGCUCAUGCAGAAGAUGACCAUCAUGGCCUUCAUCGGCAACUUCACGGAGAGCAUACAGAUGCUCACGCCGCAACUCCAUGCAGUCAUAGCAGCAUCAGUGUCCAUCAAGUCAUCACAGAAGCUGAAGAAAAUUCUAGAGAUUAUUUUAGCACUCGGAAACUACAUGAACAGCAGCAAAAGAGGAGCAGUUUAUGGAUUCAAGCUGCAAAGUUUAGACCUGCUGCUCGAUACCAAGUCGACGGACCGCAAGAUAACGCUGUUGCACUACAUUGCUAAUGUGGUGAAGGAGAAAUAUACGCAGGUCUCCUUCUUCUACAACGAGCUGCACUACGUGGAGAAAGCAGCAGCAGUGUCGCUAGACAACGUCCUGCUGGAUGUGAAGGAGCUGCAGAGAGGCAUGGAGCUGACCAAGAGGGAAUACAGCAUGCAUGGCCACAACACCAUGCUCAAGGACUUUAACACGCACAACGAGAGCAAGCUGAAGAAGCUCCAGGACGACGCCAAGAUCGCGCAGGAUGCCUUCGAUGAGGCUGUGAAAUUCUACGGGGAGAGUUCAAAAACCACGCCGCCCUCUGUCUUCUUCCCUGUGUUUGUACGCUUUGUGAAGGCUUACCGGCAAGCCGAAGAGGACAACGAGCAAAGAAAGAGGCAGCAGCAGCUUCUGAUGGAGAAACUUCUUGAACAAGAGGCUCUGAGGGAGGAAGAACAGAAGUCUCCGUCACAUAAGAACAAAAGGCAACAGCAGGAGCUGAUCCAGGAACUGCGGAAGAAGCAAGUAAAAGACAGCCGCCAUGUCUACGAAGGCAAAGACGGCGCCAUUGAGGACAUCAUCACGGAUCUUCGGAAUCAGCCUUACAGGCGAGCGGACGCCGUGCGGCGAAGCGUCCGGAGACGCUUCGAUGACCAGAACCUGCGACCGCUCAACAACGGCGAGGUGGUCGUGUGACGGACGAGAGAACGGGGAACCGGCGCGCGUGUGAGAGGACAAGGGAUGGCUCUACAACGCUGUUUGAGCAUUUUGUUUUCAUUCAUAAUUCGACGCACUAGCUGGAAGCGGUUUGAGCAUUUGUUUGACAUCCAAUUAGUGCGCGGAAUUACUAGUGAGGACAAAGAGUGCAAUAGUACAUGGACCUUAAGAUGAAUAUCAAGGAAAUGGAACAACUGCUCAGUCAGCUUUAUGGCAAGCCGUUUGAUGAGCAUUUAUUCUCUUUCCAUAUGGUGACGAAGAUGACAUAGUAGACGGAAGGACGGAAUGUUGCAAGCAGGUUUAUGAUUAUGAUUAUGUCGAGAACGUGCGACGAAAGUCGACAUAUGACAAUACACUAUAGACUCUGGUGUAUAAAUGUAAAAAAUGACCUGGAUUGACUUUUUAUAGAAACAAGUGCCUAAACUUCAGUUUAAGUCUGGUUUGUGUGGAAGCAUGACAACUUGAAUUUGAAAGGCACAGACAGGAAGGAAAAAAAAAGUGUAGAAUCUACAGGACAUUUUAGCUGUUCAAAAACACAUAGAUGACUGAGAACAGAAGUGGGGCAACUCCAUUUUUGUCAGUUAAGUGCAGAAAUUGAAUGUUGAACGGGUGAAUGCUGGUCUAAAUAUGGUCAGUUCGAGUCACUGAGAACUAGGGUAGGCUAAAUCACAUUUUUGUUGGUUUUAAGUUAAAAGCAGAAAUGACUAACUCUAAAUCCUUGUGGUCUGUAGCAAAACGGCGUGUCAAGCAAAGAAGGCAAUAUGACGACAAUUUAGUAGGAUUUUAUCCCCCCAAAAAGCUAUUUAAAAAUAUGCAAUAUAUACAAUACAAAAGUGACAUGUUAAAAAGCACGUGGGGUUUGGGGAGUCCUUUAAAAUCAUUUUGGUUUUCAAGACUUAUUUUUAACCACUUGGAAAUAAGGACAAAAAACAAUAACACAUUUCUUCUCAUCUUGUAAAAUUAUGAAUUUGUAAAUGUAGUUUUUAUUUCUGUAAAGUUGUUUUUUCUUGCCAAAUUCUUGACUUUUUGUAAAAUGUAAAAUUGUAUCUUUUUUUUGGUAAAAUUGUUUUGUACAAUAAAUACAUUUUUUCUUGUAAAAUUAAUUUUUCUUUUGAAACUAGACCUUUAUUCCUUAUAAAAUUAUGUUCAUUAAAUCAUUAAUUCUUGUUCAGUUCCAACGCUUCCUUGUUUUCCUCCCACAAUUCUGACUCGUUUCUUAAAAAAAUAUAUAAUUCUGAUAAAAUGACUCCCCACCACCCACCCACCAAUAAAAUCCAACCUUGCACAACAUACAUAAAAUAUUUGAUUUUCUAUUUUCCCCCAAAGCAGUCAGAAAGUAAAGUGUAGCAUCUGGAUUAGUCGUUUUUUUUUUUUUUUUUUUUUUUUUUAAAUCGCUAAGAAACUGGUUGAGAGGUAUACGAACUUAAAAUAUUUUGUGGAAAAUAUGACUUUUAUUUUUAGAGAAUGUAUUUUUGAGUACAACUGUCACAUGCUUUUCGUACAAAUUCGUACUAAAGUGGCAUGUUGUAGUUGGAUCAAGAUUGAACUUGCCUGCCAAGUGUAAGACCCGAUGAUGUCAUAACUGGAUGAUUUUUAUUUUGUAAACAUACACAUCAUUCCUACUACUGCAUCUAUCAAAUUUAUAUUUAACCACUAAAGAUUACUUUUCAUGGUUACAUCUCAAGUGUUAAAAAGCAGCGUAAAAGGCUUCCUAAUUGUACAGGUUUUUUUUUUUUUGCUACAAACUUAGGUGGUGAAGUCGCGCAACGAGACGAUUAUUAAUAUUGUACAUAAAUGUUCAAACCAUUGCCUUGUGCUCUACAACUUGAAUGUUAUUUUUCUAACUUAUAGUUUCAUUGUGUUUGUGUGAUGUGUAUAUUUAACGAAGCCAAAUGCAGCCAGGAGCAAAGUUUCUUCAGAAAAGUCGACUUGGCACAUCCAAGUCUUUUUUGACAUUGAAUAAUACGGACGGACGGUGACAGCUUGUUCACAAUGACAGACUUGAUUUAUGAUCACAGCUUUGUGAUGGCAAGCAUCGGUCGCUCGCUCUCUGGCUCUGUUCUCCUUCCUUCCUCCCUCCCUCCCUUCAUUACCUCCACUUUCAACAAACUGGAAUAAUACUGGCAUGUUCUAUGUUGGUUAACUUUUACCAGAAAUGUAUUUCAGCUAUUUUUGUGCUCACUGCAAAUUAACGUUUUUUUUUUUUUUUUAGGAGACGUUACAUUUCCAAUAAAUAUGAUCAAAUAAACGA